AUGGACUCACCGACCUUGUUGACUCCCCAGCCGAUGGCGGAACGGUCAGGCGGGUCGUACUUCCACUCCCGCGGCGACUCGAUUGCGUCCCAAGAUUCUGCCCAGUCGGUUCAAAUGAGCAAGUCCUCGAAGCAGGGUACUCACACUCUACACAUCGUCUGUGCGACAAAUACUACCUCUCCGUUCACAAAGAAGUCGUCCUUUGCUUCCCUGCGCAACGCGUUCAAGAGCACCAAACAUGUGGAAGCACCCCCUCCACUACCUGCGCUUGACUACCAGGCGUAUCCUGCGCUGAAGAACCCGUUCAAUCGGUCGACUUCAUCGCUUGGACAGAACACCCCACCAUCGCUUCCCGACAAGCCACAAUGGGCGCAAGUCCUCCCCAGUUCAGAACUUCCGGAGAUCGAGGAACGCGUACAUUCGCAGUCGGGCUCGAUCUUUCACGCAUCGGACAACGGGAGCGAGGGCGGUACCUUCUCGAACCCAUUUUCUCCAUCGCCACCCCCGGUUCCCCCCAUCCCGAGCGGAUUCAACGCAUCGACGGACGAUGUCUCUCUCUCAGAGCCGGAAGACAAGAUUGUGCUCGACCCGCGAACGCCCUCGGACUACGCUCUCCACGCCGUAUUCAUCCGGUUCGCAUCCACCGCGGAGACCCACAUCGAUGAGUUCCUACGCUUCCCAUUGGAUCGGGACGUUCACCUCGAAGACUGCAUGGGCCUCGGCGUGGACGAAAAGUUCGACGAUAUCCUCUCCUCGCUCGGCAAGAUCGCGCAGCGGCACGCGAAGCCUGUCGUGGACUCGAUCAUGCGCUGGCGGAAGAGCCAGAACGACCCCGCGUCCUCUGAGCUCGCACUCAACGAGCGCAAGUGGCUUGCGUCGGUGUACAUCAUGUGCCGCGCGCUGAUCGCGGUGACGCGUUCGGUGUCCAAGGACGGCCUGCCCGAGGCGGUGGGGAGGAAUUUGGAGGAGCUGACGUUCGAGCAGUUCAAGCGGUACGACUUGAAGCUGUCGAUGCAAUCUGCGAACUUUAGGUGCAUCGCGGAGGUGCAUGCGUCGCUGUUGGGGCAGUUGUCGGACAUCCGAUUCGAGACGGUGUCUGAUAGGUUUUUGGUGGAGCUUGGGCCGGUUGCUGCUGGACAGGUCGGAAAGGACGACACGAAAUUCGAAAACCUGGUGAAGGGUCUGAGGCAUCUACGCAUCAAGGUCUGGCCUCCGGAGUCGUUCGAAGAAGGCGCAGAAUUCCUGUCGUCCCUCUCCAAGUCGUUCGACAAUGCUCAUGGAUACCGGUUCAAGACCAUCUUUGCGGAGACAUUGGUCCAGAUCUUGCAUCCCAUUGCUAAGACCGCUCAAGCCGAAGUGAACCAUCCCGACUGGGCGAAAGCGAUUGAGAUGAUAUAUCCUAAGGCACGGGACAUGAUGGUCAAGCCUCGAUACUGGCAGGUGGCCUACCCGCUAGCUGUGACCUCACUUUGUGUUGCUCCCACGGAGUUCUUUCAGAAGCACUGGCUUGCUUGUUUCGAAGCUGGUCAAAGCAAACUCAAGGAGAAACUGCAUCGAAUACCUGUGCUAAACGGCAUGCUGCGGCUGCUGUGGACUUACCUUUAUCGCUGUCAUGAGUCUAUGGCCACAGCAUCCUCCAAGAUCGACACGAUCAUGAAACAGUUGCUUUCUCCGAAUCGUCUCGUGGCCACAUCGCAUGAGGACUAUCUCCAGCCUUUCGUUUAUGUCGUCCAUUUUAUCCUUUCCCGUCAUUUCGACUCCGGCAGCGAGCUUUGCCUCGACCUUCUUCAGGAACGUUCGAUAAACGGAGGCCAAUUAAACGUGGCUCCGGAGAAGGUCACCAUUGCAAUCAACGCCAUCCUCCUUUCCAUCCACCUCAUUGAGCGGGAAGAGCCAGUCCCUUCAUGGCCCUCGAACUUCGACUUCGCCAGCAUGCCGGUCAGGGCAGACUACCCAACAUCAUCCAAUCCCCUUCCGGCCUCUGUUACAGCUAAGGCGUCCUGGAACGACUUUUUGGAUCGCGCGACGGUCGCGCUGAGUGGCGUGGCGUUAUCGUGCUUCCGUCUCGUCGGCAGCUGGUCAGUUCUUGAUGACCAGUGGACCGCCUCCCGUCUAGGUCCGACCUAUGAAGAGACGCAUAACCACGUCAUCCGUCAUCAUCCGGAAGGCUCUGUGGCGUACUCGGAACAAUUUGCUGGACAUAUCACCACCCUGCAAGUCAUCUACCAGUCGUGGCCACGCCUUCUCCACUCCUCUCUCGCCCUGGAGGAUGCCAUUGACAUGCUGAUCCGUGGCGUCAUACACAUCGAACCUUCGGUCGGCGAAGCAUCCACCUUGGCCUUGCAAAGGAUCAUGGCCGACCCCGCUCAGUCGUCACUCGUCCUCAAUCGCUUUUCCGCGUACCUCUUCGACCCCAUCUACAUCUCCCAAGAGACCGGCAUACGGCUUCCGAUCGAGUGUACACGCCUGCUCAACCUCUGGUAUAGCUUCGUGGACCGCUGGGUGCAGGAUGAGCACGACAGCGUCACGGCACAUGUCGAGAUGAUACAAGCUGGCGCGCUCUUCCUACUGGGCCAUCGCAAAGCUAACGCGUUUACAACUGGAGCGAAGGCCAUGCGGCUGCUCAAGACCCUCAUGGAUCACAUGCACCCCGAACCCUCCACGCCAACGUCGAUCCCUCCGAACGAACGAUUUGUUUUCGUCCACGACAUCUUUGACGACUCUACACCUGAGACCGUCUUCCGUGGGCUCGACAACGUUCUUGAGACCAGCGAGGAAGUAGCUGGACUCACGAAAUGGAGGCAAAGCACAACACCGGGUAAACUCGUCGCAUUGGCUGAGAGUGAUACACCGCAAGACAGGCGAUUGUGGAUUGAAGUGUACCCACUCUUCGUUCAAAGCUGCAUGUACCUGUCGCCCACCAUCACCGCCAUCUUCCGAGAGAAGCUCGUCGCCGCUGCCAUCCGUGGUAACCAGGAUGGCACGCGAGCAAUCACUGAGUACCGCGACUUCAUCAACCAGUGGCACUUCUGGAUCAAGCUCAUCUGCGCGACGGCCCCUUCGACAACGGAUUCGCGGCCCAUGAUGAACAUGCGCGACCACUCGCGCGCCCGCUCGGACUCUGACCUCAGCGCCGAGCAGAUGCAGAGUAGCCACGACCUUUUCUGGGCUCUCAGCAAGUUCCUCGACUCGGACUACGCCAUCUUCCGAGACGGGGCCGUCUCGUGCAUGAGCUCCUUCCCCGCCAGCAACUACUCCCAGCUUCUCGAGGACCUCAGCAAGCUCCAGGCUAGGCAACACUACGACGACCCUCGUUUGAAGAGCAACGGCAUCACGCCUUCCGUCGGACGCGCCCGUCGACUAGAGCGCUUCUACACCGCGCUCGCUCGGAUUUACUUCCUCACUGGGGACCUCCUGCAGGACCAGCGGUUUUCCGGGAAGCAGGCCGCGCUCACCUUCGUGCUCAAGUAUAUCCGGAAUACGCAGACACUUCUUGUCUCCACAGAGAACAGGGACCGGUUCGACCUGCAGCGUCUACGACGCUACUUCUGUGGGACGAUCGAGAGGCUGUUCUAUGCGCUUGCAACCCUGAAGGACUCGGAUCGGUUCAUCCCGUCGAACCUCUACCUAACGCUGUAUACCAUGUGCGAAGAGUGGUGCCAGCUCGGCAAGCAGUCGGACGACGUGAAGAAGCGCCUUGUGUAUAUGCAGACCAUGGCCGCGAAGUCGUUUACCGACGCGGGAGGCCAGGCGGAGGCGAUUCAGAUCUUCCAGACGGAAACAAGAGGACUGUCAAACGCGGCCAUUGGUGCCAUGGCGGCCGUCUGCCAAAAGGCGUUCUUCCCUCCGGACGUUGAGAAUAAUUCCCCGACAGAUCGUCAGACGCUUGACUUCGCUCGACCACUUCAAGUAGGACCCACUCUUGACCGUCUGACUGCGAUCUUGGCUUCCUUCCAUGAGCCGAACCAAGAGGCCGGAAAGAGGGCGCUGCGGUCGCUUCUGUGCCACCAUCGCCCCACAGAGAUGUUCCUCGAGGAGUGCGUCCGUCGAGCAUUCGUAACCACUCGGGAAUUGGACACCAGUAACGCUCGGUUCUUCGAGGUCGUGGCCGACGCCAUUUACUCCGGUGCAGCCACCACGUUCAGCUUCGCUCAAACCGUGUGUCUUGGACUGUCGAACCUCUGUCACCCUCUCCUCCCCAUCCGACGUCAGGCCUUUAACAUCAUGGAAACACUCCACGAGCAGUCUGCAGGCAUCAUUUCCCUCUGCCAAUACGAAGCUGCCAUCGGUAGUUCGGCGCCGAGCACAUACAUGCACGCACAUCGCCUUAUCUCAGACGUCCUUGCUGGAGAACAUCCGGAGCAAGCGAUCAAAGUCCUAGCACAGCUCGCCGACUGGAUCCCAAGGGCGUUCGAUGGUCGUUCGGAGCGAGGCCUAAUCCUCCUCUUACAGACGCUGGAGUACUGGGUCCCCAACAUCGACCUCAUGUCAGAAGAUAGGACGGAGCUCUCGCGAGAGGGUCGCCUCACGAUGCACCACCUCAUGGCGCUCACUUUGCGUUUCUCCGAGACCUACGCGGAACAGAUCCUAGUCCUGUGGACGCGCCUAGUGGACCCUCCCAACCAAACCAAUGGUCACGCCGUCAUCCGGUUCCUCCUCGAGCAAUCACAUAAAGUCGGCAGCACGAUUUUCAUCAGUGCGAUCGGACGACAGGUCGUGGAAGAGGUCUGCAGCGUCAUCGAGCCCGCGCGGAUGUUGCCUAGCAUCGAGCACAAGCUUGCCCACCCGAACGACGAAGACCUCGAACUCUGGUCGGAUCUCGACAUUCUGUUCUCGGAGAAGCCGCGGCUAUCCCUGGGCAUCGCGCAGUUCGCCCUUCUCUUCCUCUCUGAGACCGCCCUGGAGCGGUAUUGGGAGUUCCAAGACCAGCUUCCCGUCCUCUUCCACGCACUGUUCAUGCACCUUGACCACCGACAGCCCUUCGUCGCACAACGAUCUCGCCACAUGCUGUUCCAGCUACUUCGCUCAUGUCUCAGUGGAUACGACGAGCUCCCCGGAAGCUCCGUUGUUCGUACCCGAGCCGAGUUGAAGACGGCAAUACAGGAGUUGGAAAAGGAGGCUGAGGAGAAGUUGUGGAAGGAAGAUGAUGAUGGGAUCGCAGCGGAACCGAAGCUCAAGUGGUUUGGGACUGCUUGGGGAACCCUGGCGCUCAACUGGGGGACCGCUUGCUCCAUCCGCCCCGUGGCUUUCCGCUCACUACAACUCUACCGCGCCCUGAUGCCACGCAUUGGCCCCUCACACAAGUUCAAUGUCGAGAUCUUGUCAACUCUUACAUCCAUCGCGUCGACAGGAGAGAUUGAAGGUCCACAGGUGGCACAGCUGUACUGGUCCGCGGUGGCGUUUCCUCCACACUAUGCACUCCUCGAGGCGGUGGUGACGCGCUUCCUGUUCGUCUAUAUGCCGCCCAACUGGACAGACUGGGGCACUCUACAGUCAAGUCUACUCAUGGGACUUCGCUCGUCGGAAACCUCAACUUUGGCGUUCAAACUUCUUCAGCGGCUGACGAAGAUCGAGGACUCAAGGUUGAUCGACCCUUCCGAAGGCCGCGUCCGAGACUUAUACACGCUCUGUCUGCCGUGGUGCUUGCACGCGAUGGCCGAGGACAUCAAGGACGAGUCGCUUCAGGAGUUCGCUUUGAAUAUCAGUCGCCUUGCAGAGGCCGAAGAACGUCCAAGUAUCGAGCGGAUCAUGAUUUCUUUUGCCAAGAGCCGCUUCCGUACGCGAGAUGACUUCCUUCGCCAGUCUGUAGCGAGCCUCCGAGAGCACUACGGCGUCGAUCACUGGACAGAAGUAAUUACGCUCCUCAUGGGCCUUGUCCUCAACCGCCAGCGGUGGCUUCGUGUCCAGACCAUGCAACUCCUCAAGGUCCUCUUCCAGCAGCGCGAAACGAAGUCUCAGGUGGACAAGCUUGGGUCCGAGCUGCUCAUGCCCCUCCUCCGCCUACUUGAGAGCGACCUGGCCGCACAGGCGCUCGACGUCCUCGACGAGCCGCUCAUGCAAAUUUCGGGCGGACCUGCCGCCAAACACGUUCUCCGCAUGUCGCUACAUCACCACCUCCGCACCUCCGCGCGUGAGGUGGAAGAUGUCGCGGAAGUGUUCGGCCUGCCCCAGAGUUCCGGGUGGUGCGUACCACACGCACACGCUGCCCGCGAGGCCGCCCGUGCAAACGUCGCGGCGGUGUUCGGACAGGGGCUCGGCGCGGGUGCGGCACACCAGCGGCCCAGCCGCAUCGACUUUGAGCCGGACGACGGGGCGCGGGGCGCGGCGGCGGAGGAAGACGACCUCGGGGACAUGGUGCAGAACCUGCACGAACUCAGCUCAUUCUUCCAGGAGGAUGAUGAGCGGACUCACCACCACCAUGCCUCAAGGGGCCGGAACGGGACCACCAACGGGGUCGGUGGCGGGGUGCGGCAGCUCGAGGCUCGCGUUGCGGCUAUCCUCGCCAAGUCAUCGACGGACAGCGGCGCGGCGUCCGACGUGCCACCGACGCCGUUUGUAGACGUCUUCCAUGUGGGCGGCGCGCCCGCAGGAGGUGGGGCGAUGUUGCCAAGCGGGUUGCCGCCGACGUACGAGGACUCUGAAGACGACGGGUCGGACUCGGACUCGGAUUCGGACCUGUUCGAGUACGACUCGCCGAGCUUUGCGAGGUUCAUGAGCCCGAGCGCGGCUGUGCACGGUUCUCAUUGA